GGCUGCGGCGUGAUAUAUGGGACGAACUUUGAACAUUGUAGUAUCCUUUUUCGCUUGCUCGUCUUGCAUUUCGGUGUUAUAGGCCUUUUCUUUUCCCUCGUAGCGCUUCCCUACUAAAAUUGCUGUGUGUCACCCCGCUUCUUCUCGCUUAUCUUGGCGCCUGCUACUAUUUUUGCCCAUCGCUUAUGCUAACGUAUUUUUCCUCUUCAUAUAAGGGAGGAAUCUGUAUUUUCCAUGAAGCAAUUGACGUUUCUUAAACUCCUGUCCUCAGCUUCUCUGAGCUGGGUUGCGAUGGCCGUCACAGACGUCACUAUGGUGACGACCGUGACUCACGAGUUAUCUUUCUUCCGAUAUGUUCAUCGGAAUAUUAAUCCGAUUCGCAGAACUGGGGACGGAAAAAGAGGACUAGAAGGCCACGUGCUUGUCACCUCUGAUUCUGAUCCUCACUCUGAGAAAUCGGUUUCUUCGCGGUCUAGGCGCUGCAUACCGACCCUUUGGUCUCGGGCAUUUCUCAUUGGCCGGUUAAGACGCGGCAAGUACCGCGGCAUGUACAUAUGACUCGUCACUCCAGGCGCUGAUGUGACGCGACCAUUCUUUUUCUUCUUCCACCACCUGUACAAGAUUCAAACUUUCAUUUUCGU